UUUCUUUCCUGCCUCUCCUCGACUUGUGCGUAAAGGGACGAGCGAGGGCGAAAGCGGGGUAGUUCUGCUCUGCGAAGCCGGAGGAAGCGGGGAGAGCUGAGCGCGCGGCUGAGAGCCCCUGCCGUUCGCUAGCAUGGUGCACAUUUGUAAGCAAAGCAGGAGGGGCCCCAGAAGAGACAUUGGCUUCUUACACCCACCAUGAUCCUGGGCAGAACCAUUUCAGUCCGCAUCAUCUUCUUCCUUGGGGUCAUCCAGUGCCUGAGAGGGUAUAGCUGGGAGCAGACAACGGCCAGCUCUGUUUUCCAGCAGGAGCCAUUUGUGGUGGUGUGGAACUUGCCCACAGCUAAGUGUCGAGAGCAUUUUGGGAUCACCCUGCCUCUGGAAGCCUAUGGCAUUGUGGAGAACAAGGACAAUGCUUUUCGUGGCCAGAACAUAACCAUUUUUUACAAGAACAAGUUUGGGCUCUAUCCCUACAUCUCCCCAGAUGGCAAAUGGCACAAUGGGGGGAUACCUCAGAACGUCGAUCUGAAGAAGCACCUGGAGACGGUCUCAAGAGAUGUUUUGGAAAGCCUGAAGCCUGAUUUCCAGGGUCUGGCCGUGGUGGACUGGGAGGAGUGGCGGCCUCUCUGGAGGCGGAACUGGGGCCCCAAGAACGUGUAUAGGGUGGCCUCUAAAAAAUGGGCACGGAACAGAAGGCCUGAUGAACCCCUCACGGAGCAAUCCUAUGUUGCGGAGAUAGAGUUUGAACAGGCAGCUCGGGCCUUCAUGGAAAGAACUCUAGAAAUGGGGAAGUCUCUGAGGCCACAGGGAUUCUGGGGCUUCUAUGGGUUCCCUGACUGUUUCAAUUACAACUGGGAGAACGAAGAGAACUACACCGGCCAUUGCAACCCCACAGAGGUCCAGUGGAAUGAUCAUCUCAUGUGGCUCUGGAAGGUUUCAUCUGCCCUCUAUCCUAGUAUCUACCUCUCACCAAAACUCCCAACAUCUUACCACCAGAGUUAUGUUCACCACCGCCUCAAAGAAGCAUUUCGUGUGGCACAGUUUGGCGUGAAGCAGCCUCUCCCUGUAAUCGCGUAUUCCAGAGUCUCCUACAGACAUUCUCCACGGUACCUGACUGAGGCUGACCUGGUGUAUACAAUUGGAGAGAGUGCAGCACUUGGGGCUGCUGGGGUUGUGCUCUGGGGUGAUCUCUCCUAUUCCCAGUCACCGGAGAGCUGCAGGAGCCUCAAGCAUUACAUCACCACGACGCUGGGCCCAUACAUCGUCAACGUAACCACGGCAGCACGCAUGUGCAGCCGUGAGCUGUGCCACGGGCAUGGACGUUGCGUGAGACAGGACCCCAGUGAACUGGAAGCCUUCCUCCACCUGGACCCACAGCAGUGGGAAGAGGAGUCCUCAAUGACAGAUUUUCCAGAUCAAGACAUGUUCGCAUGGGAACAAUUUCAGUGUCACUGCUAUCCUCAGUGGACUGGAGCCUCGUGUGAGACACCGCUGUGGCUGGAGCCUGUCCUAGGACCGGAUUGUAGUCGAGCUCAACAGUAUUACAAUAUAUUUCAUGCAGGGACUUUGCCACAGAUGGAGAAAAGACUACUGUAAACAAAAGGACAGUUGGCCUGCAGUGUGAUACAAUAGCAGCUCCUCCAUGAAAUGAGUAGCCCUGGAAGCAUGUGCAAAGACAACCAAGACUCAUUCUCCAGUGUCUCCUGUUUAAGGUGCUAUCAGGGCUGGAAAUGACAUCUGCCAGAGACCAUGGGGACCUACUGCCAAUUAAAGUGUGGGGCAAGAUGGACCAAUAUAAGGCAGCUACAUAUGUUUAUAUGCUGAAGUGUGUGUCUGCCGGUAUGUUAGUCUACCCUAUGUGAGACCAAAACAUCCUGCACCAGAUUCACCUAAUGAGACCUGCUAGCAGAAGCCCCUCACAAGGGUUUCUGCUAGUGCUUUGGGGCUUUCCCCUCUCUUCCCCCAUGUGCCACCCCCUCCCCCAAUUGGCUUGGGGGGUGAUGAGAACCCAGAACCAUGCAGGGAGUGGGGGAGGAGAGGGAAAUUGCUGUGUUGGCCAAGCUGCAAUGCUUGCACUGGUAGAAUGGUACUAUGUUGAAUUCUUCCCUCUGACUUUGUGAAUUCUCCCAGAAUUUCCUGGGAGGCUCUGGUCCAGUUGCCUAGCUUUUGAAUGCAUCUGUGCUGGGGUUUUGGCUCCUUAAAUAAACCACAUGUUUCUUUUUUUCUGUCUCAGCAAUUCCAAGUAUUGGUGUCACUAAAUCUUAAGAUCAUAAAAAAAUGAAGGUUAGAAGACUCAGUGGAGUCCAGCAUCCUUUGCCAAACACGCUUCCAAUAAUCCCACAAACAGAGCAAGACAUCAACCCACCAACCCAGUUGUUUGUACUUUUGCUAUCAUGAGAUAGGUUUCAAUGCUGAGUUCAAUUCAGCUAUUAUGGCUAAUUCCACGAAUUAAAAAGAACCCAGUAAGAUCACAUCCCAGGCUGGCAUUGCAUCAAGAGAGAAGGGUUUCAGUGCUUUGUCCAAAACAAGACAUCCAACAGCUUCCAAGAAUAAUUACAGAUACUCGCAUUAAUGCAUUUCUUCACAAGACAGGCCACACUCAUUGUUGCCCCUUCCCUUCUAAUCUUCAAGUAGCUAAAAGAGAAAGUUAAGGAUGGUGUUAGAAUAAGGGUAUGAAGAUUUAAUGGGCUAAAAAUGGAUUAAACAUAACUUCAAUAAAAGCAUCUUCAAAGCAA